AUGUAAUUAUUUAAGAGGUGUCUAGUGGCUAGAUUUUCAUUAGCCAUUCCUAAAUUCAAGCAUAAAGAAUAGCCUUAUGUAAAAGACAUUCCAAUGCCCAAAAGACCUAAACUUGAUCCUAAAGACCCAUAUGAGAAGUAUGAACUUGUGAAACCCCGUGAAUAUGAAUUCAGACAAGCUCUAGGUAACAACCUAUUUCAAAUCAAAUAGAUGAAAGACAUACUAAAAAUUUUUAUCCAGGUACUACUUAUGUUGCUGUCCAUAAAGGUGGAAUCACUUAUCACUUAUUUGAUGCAUCAAGAUUCCCAUAUGGUAAAAUGUGUUCAAAAAUUGCUUACUAUCUAAGUGGAAAACAUAAACCAACCUUUCGAAAUAAUGAACCUGGUAAAGUUACAGAUAAAUUUAUUAUUGUUAAUGGUUGCAAUAUGUAUUUGACAGGAAAAAAAAUCAAUUAUAAAGUCCUCACUUAUCAUACAGGUUAUGUUGGAAAUUUAAAAUAAAUCAAAUUCAGAGAUCUAAUCCUCCAAAAACCUGAAUAAUUGGUAAUUUAUUCUAUCAAUUUAGGUUGCUUGGACUGUUUCCAAAAUGCUACCAAAGACUGUUUAUAGAAUGGAUAAACUUGAUCAUAUUCAUUUAUUUAGAGGUAGAUUCCAUACUUUUGAUGAUGUUUUACCCUAAAUAUUACCACAUCAUACUGAUUUUGAAUAUAGAGGAAGCAUUUUAUAAGAUAUGAAAGAAGGUGAUGAUAGAACUCUUGUUUUCACCAGCAAACCUGUUUCUUAGGAGUAGAGUAUAUUAUUAGUUUAUUCAUAGUUAAAUAGGAUCUUGGUGACAUUAAGUAACAAAUUAUGGAUCCCAGUGAAUUGGAUAACGACUUAAUAUUCACUCCUUUUGCUGAAAGACCUUAGAAAAUUAAACUAAAUAUGACUUAACAUGAAUAUGAUAAAUUGAAUAGAAGAAGAAAACGAUUGAUGUAGAGAUACAGAAAAUAUAUGCCAAUCCCUUAUAGAAAAACUAUUGAAAAAGCUGAUUUCACUAAGAGUUAUGUUGUUAAAUCAGAAAAAUAAUUAAAUAGAUUGGGACUCUAGAAAAUUAAGCCAUUAGACGACGAUCCAGAAUUAGAAGACGAAACAACUAAGUUCUGAGAGUAUUUUAAUAAAAAUAAAUUAUUUAUAAAAUUAUAAUCAAAAAAGC